GCCCGUGGGUCGCUCGCUUGCCCCGAAACGUUCCCGGGGCGCAGUCCCGCCGAUUUCCGUCCGAUUCGCGGCCCUUCGCCCUCCCGGCCGCAAAAUAUCCUUUGUUUAUGUUAUGACGCAUUCGUUUGGAUUCAGUCUCGGCCAUGUUGAUUCUCUCUGUUUAUUGUUUGAGGCGCCCCGCGACCGUUUCUGUCUAGAAUAAAAAUUUUCGGUGAAAUUCGGCGAAAUGUGAUCGCGGAAAGCGAUGAAAACGACGCGUCUGGUGUCGGGGCGACUCUGUGCGAAGUCUCGUGGGGCCCAGCGCCGGCUCGAGCGCUGAAAGUGCGAAAAUCGCGUUUCGGUUUUGUAAUGGCUACCUCUCGCGUCCCCCCGUUCUGGUGUAGACAAUGACAGUGAAAAUUUUCACGUGAUAUUUUGAAAAAGCGCUGCCGUGGGGCCGAUUUGAAUGGAAAGUGACAUUUUGCGGAGCCCCGACGACUUCCAGGAUGAACACGAAUGAUCCGAACGCCCUUGCGGGGGCUCACGGGCCCGAUUCGUCCGAGAAUACCACGCAGAGGCCGCCGCCGACCACCUCCAUCCCCACGGACCUCCGCGUCAACACCACGGCUCUGAACGCCGUGGCGCUGAGCAGCGUCGCCAAGUACUGGGUCUUGACGAACCUGCUGCCCGGCCCCAUCCCCCAGGUGUCCGUCUAUGGCUUGCCGGGGUCCGGCCGCACCGACAACCAAAGCAAAAUGUCGCAGGAGGCCAUGCUGGGUCAGCACGCGGCGGCGGGGCUGCUGCCGGCCGAUCCGCUCCUUCUCCAACAGCAUUCCCAGAUCCCGGUCAGCAUAUCGACGUCGCAGGGAGUCACCAACCUCUCGAUCCCGACCGGGAACAUGCACCUGGAGAACAGCCACCAGAACCACGGCUCGCUGGCGAACCACCAGCAGAACGACCCGCUGAGCCAGAGCCAGAUGAGCAGGGAGAUGGCCCACCAGCAACAGAACCACAGCACCCAACAAAACAUGGUUCAGGUCCAAGUCCAAGACAACUUGGUCUCCGUCAUCGAAGAUAGCAAAGAGCAAAAAGAAAUCAUCGCUGCGCAGCUAGCCCACGCGCAGAUCCAGCUCAACGAUAAUCAACACCUCAACCAACAAGCUCUAACCGUUCAACAACUGCAACACCUCCAAGUGCAGCAGGUCCUCGACAACGUCGUCCGCAUGGAAAACUCGGUCGAAAAUACUCAAAACCAAUCAAACAAUGAUCAAAACCAGCUCUCCGACAACAUCCAGAUCGUGAAAGACGAGAAAAAUUUACAAAACUGUAAGUUACUGACCGGUGCGCAGUUCGGUUUGCAAGACCACAAGGGUAACUUGAUGGACGUGCGGACUGCUGACGGUAGCAUAGUGAAAAUUUCAACCAACCUCCAAGAGCAAGACUUGGCGAAGACCUUGGGGGUCGAGAUGGUCCAGAACAUGUACAAAGUGAACGUCGACGACCUGAACCAGCUCCUGGCAUAUCACGAAGUCUUCGGCAAGCUCCAAGGCGAGAUCGCGACGACGGGCCAGAACAUCGUCCAGAACACCAACCCCAACGUGAACCUGCAGCAGAACGCGAACAACAUCGCCAUAGUCACGAAGGACGAGCAGGAGCCGUCGACGAGCUCCUUGCCCAACGACAACACGGCGACGGUCAUCACCGGGAACCAUGUCUGUGAUCUCUGCGGGAAAAUGUUCCAGUUUCGUUACCAGUUGAUCGUCCACAGACGUUACCACAACGAGCGGAAGCCGUUCACUUGCCAGGUCUGCGGCAAGGCGUUCUCCAACUCGCAGGAGCUGACGCGCCACGGAAAGUGCCAUCUCGGCGGGAGCAUGUUCACGUGCGCGGUGUGUUUCCACGUGUUCGCGAACGCGGCGUCGCUAGAGAGACACAUGAAGCGGCACUCGACGGACAAGCCGUACAACUGCACGAUCUGCGGGAAGUCGUUCGCGAGGAAGGAGCACCUGGACAACCACACGAGGUGUCACACGGGGGAGACGCCGUACAGGUGCCAGUAUUGUGCCAAAACGUUCACCAGGAAGGAGCACAUGGUGAACCACGUGCGGAAGCACACGGGGGAGACGCCGCAUCGGUGCGAGAUCUGCAAGAAGUCGUUCACGAGGAAGGAGCACUUCAUGAAUCACGUGAUGUGGCACACGGGGGAGACGCCGCAUCACUGUACGAUCUGCGGGAAGAAGUACACGAGGAAGGAGCAUCUGGCGAAUCACAUGAGGUCGCACACGAACGACACGCCCUUCCGGUGCGAGAUCUGCGGGAAGUCCUUCACGAGGAAGGAGCACUUCACGAACCAUAUCAUGUGGCACACGGGGGAGACGCCUCAUCGGUGCGACUUCUGCUCGAAGACGUUCACCCGGAAGGAACACCUCCUCAACCACGUCAGGCAACACACGGGCGAAUCGCCGCACCGGUGCGGCUUCUGCAAUAAGUCCUUCACCCGAAAAGAACACCUCAUCAACCACGUUCGCCAACACACGGGGGAAACCCCGUUCCGGUGCAAUUACUGUCCCAAGGCCUUCACCCGGAAGGACCACUUAGUCAAUCACGUGCGCCAGCACACGGGGGAGUCCCCGCACAAGUGCACUUUCUGCACCAAGUCCUUCACGCGGAAGGAGCACCUCAACAACCACGUGCGCCAGCACACCGGCGAAUCCCCGCACCGGUGCCAUUUCUGCUCCAAGUCCUUCACCCGUAAGGAGCACCUCACCAACCACGUCCGCAUCCACACCGGCGAGUCGCCGCACCGGUGCGAGUUCUGCCAGAAGACCUUCACCAGGAAGGAGCACCUCACCAACCACCUGCGCCAGCACACCGGCGAGACCCAGCACUGCUGCAACGUCUGCUCGAAGCCCUUCACUAGGAAGGAGCACCUCAUCAACCACAUGCGCUCGCACACGGGCGAGCGGCCCUUCGCCUGCACCGAGUGCGGCAAGUCGUUCCCGCUGAAGGGCAACCUGCUGUUCCACCAGCGCUCGCACAACAAGGGCGCCGCCGCCGACAGGCCCUUCCGGUGCGACCUGUGCGAGAAGGACUUCAUGUGCAAGGGCCACUUGGUGUCGCACCGUCGCUCCCACAGCGGCGAGCGGCCGCACGCGUGCCCAGACUGCGGUAAGACGUUCGUCGAAAAGGGCAAUAUGUUGAGGCACUUACGGAAACAUACCGUAGAGAACGGGGCGGCGAACGAGCAGCAGAAUAUCGCGCCGAGUCAGGUGCAGCAAGGGCAGAACAGCCAGGCGCAAGCGUCGGGGGCGGCGAGUCUGCAGAUACCGCAAGUGAGUCAGACGCAGCAGACCGCCCCGAGUAAUAAUAUCGUUACGCAAUCGCCGCACUUGCCGAUGCAUACGCCGAGUAAUCAUCCCGUCGUCGUGCCUACUGCGAAUGGUAACGUUCUGGCCAGCUAUUAGGGGUUGGGGUGGACGAGUUCUAGUUCCUUUCGAGAGUGGUUGCCGGCCCUGUGAAUAACAGUAUUCCCUCCGUGAGUAGAAAUAAUAAGGCGGGAGAGAGUAUAUUUUGGUUAGGGGGUGGAGUUGCGGUUUGCUGAGGAGGUAGACGGUCAGGGCAUGUCUGGGUCGAAACGGAGGCGGCUGUGGUCUUAAAUUGUUUGAAUUUGAUGUUUUAAGUCAUUGCGGAAAGUCGGAAAUGACCGCAGACCGAGUGUGGAACCUUGAGAAACCAACCGGUGUAGAUUCCACGUUGACAACUUGUUUACAAACAAAUGAAAAUCAAAAUAGAGUUUUAAUAGUUUUUUGGUCGAGUUAAUUUGAGCUCGUGGGCGACUAUGUGAUCAAGAUCAUACUAUCUAUAUGAAAAUAAUUUUAGUAUAUGCCAGUAAAAAACUACAACUUUGAUCUCUUUUUUUUGUGUUUCUACCAUUAAUGAGAAAUCGAGGACCGUGGCACAUGGAGUUUUUAUCUUCUCUGUUUCAACUCAAUCAGGCUUUUCAAGUCUUUAAUAAUUGAAAAUUGAUAUAUUUCGAUCAGUGGAUGUCUACCUUAGUAUUGCCGACAGGGAAAAAUAUCAAAAUAGUGUCAGACAAAACAUCAAAAGUGGGAUAUAUAUAAUUGUAAAAUGUUAUUUCACCGUUAGUAAUUUUGAUACGAUUAUAAAAGAAAUAUUUAAACAUGUACGGGGCGUUCCAUUUAAAUAAAACUAAUUUAUGUGUUAUAUAUCAAAAACAAAACUGUCUAGUUGAAAUUAAUUUUGGUGUAUGCUAGUUAAAAAUUAUAACUUUGGGUUAUAUUUUUUUUUGUAUUUUCAUAACUAAUGAGAAAUCUGAGAUCACGCUCUUAGUGAUUUAAGUAACAUGUCGAACUAUUAUUUGAUUUUGGUUAUAAAGUCUAGGACAGAAGUCCGCAAACUGUUGCUCGGAAUCACCGACAAUGGGAUCAGAUCGUAGUGAGCUGUGAAUACGUCAAUUCAUCCAGAGAAAAGACAAGCUAUUUUCUAAUUUUAUCAUCUUUGGUUAGCACAUUGAAUUUUUAUCUUUCUCUUUGCUUCAACUCGCUGUGAUACUUCAAGUCUUUAAUAAUUUAAAAUUGAUAUGAUAUUUUUCGAUUCCUGGAUUUCUACAUCAAUAUUAUCGACAGGGAAAAAAUCAAAACAGUGUCAGACAUAACAUCAAAAGUGGGAUAUGUAUAAUUGUAAAAUGUUAUUUCACCGUUAAUAAUUUUGAUGCGAUUAUAAAAGAAAGUUUUUUGUUUUGUAUAUUUUGAAAAAUAUACAAAACAAAUUUUUAAAUAAUACUAUCCUUUAUAACUAUAUUUUUGUCAACAAGUGAAGAUAGGUUGUCAUGGUAAUAUCUAAUACUACGUUAAAUAUUGACUAACUUUAUUGUUUCGUAUUUUGAAACAACUAGACGUUACGUAAAAAAAUUCUGCUUAGUGAUUGAUGAAAAAAGAAUAACAAUUUUGACCUGAAUUAGUCCAUCUGGCCUAUAUGUGUAAUCAAAUUGGCAAAAUACAUUGAAAAUGUUCCAUAUACAGGGCAAGUCCUCAUUAAUUAUUAUUAGAAAUAAAAAAAUCUCUCAUCAAAAUUCUACAAUUGUUUGAAUAGCAUAUACUAAAAUGAUUUUCAACCAUACAGUGUUUUGUCUUAAAGUCGUAACACAAUUUGUUUUUAUAAUGGCAAACCCAAUAUAUUUUUACUUGUUACUGGCUUUAAAAAAAUGGAACAACGUUGCAACGUCGCAUAGAAACUUCAAAAAUAAACUGAGUUAUAAAAUCUUGAAAGAGACCAACGAGAAUAUGUAAACAUAUACGGGGUGUUCCAUUUAAACAAAACUAAUUUAUGUGUUAUACCUCAAAAACAAAACUGUCUAGUUGAAAUUAAUUUUAGUGUAUGCUAGUUAAAAAUUAUAACUGGGUCAUUUUUUUUUUUUUUUUCAUAACUAAUGAGAAAUCCGGGAUCACGCUCUUGGUGAUUUAAGUAACAUGUCGAACUAUUAUUUGAUUUUGGAUAUAUAGUCUAGGAGAGAAGUCCGCAAACUGUUGCUCGGAAUCACCGACAAUGGGAUCAGAUCGUAGUGAGCUGUGAAUACGUCAAUUCGUCCAGAGAAAAGACAAUCUAUUUUAUAAUUUUAUGAUCUUUGGUUAACACAUUGAAUUUUUAUCUUUUUCUUUGUUUCAACUCGCUGUGACACUUCAAGUCUUUAAUAAUUUAAAAUUGAUAUGAUCUUUUCCGAUUCCUGGAUUUCUACAUCAAUAUUAUCGACAGGGAAAAAUCAAAACAGUGUCAGACAUAACAUCAAAAGUGGGAUAUAUAUAAUUGUAAAAUGUUAUUUCACCGUUAGUAAUUUUGAUACGAUUAUCAAAGAAAGUUUUAGACUUUUGCAAAUGUCAUUGUACCCCGAUUUUGAAAAAUAUACGAAACAAAUUUUUAAAUAAUACGAGCCUUUAUAGCUAUAUUUUUGUCAACAAAUGAAGAUAGGUUGUCAUGGUAAUAUCUAAUACUACGUUAAAUAUUGAAUAACUUUGUUGUUUUGUGUUUUGAAACAACUAGACGCUACGUAAAAAAAUUCUGCUUAGUUACUGAUGAAAAAAGAAUAACAAUUUUGACCUGAAUUAGUCCAUCUGCUCUCUAUGUGUGAUUAAAUUGGCAAAAUACAUUGAAAAUGUUCCAUAUACGGGGCAAGUCCUCAUUAAUUAUUAGAAAUAAAAAAAUCUCUCAUCAAAAUUCUACAAUUGUUUGAAUAUCAUAUACUAAAAUGAUUUUCAACCAUACAGUGUUUUGUCUUCAAGUCGUAACACAAGUUGUUUUUAUAAUGGCACACCCUAUAUAUUUUUACUUGUUACUGGCUUUAAAAAAAUGGAACAACGUUGCAACGUCGCAUUGAAACUUCAAAAAUAAACUGAGUUAUAAAAUCUUGAAAGAGACCAACGAGAAUAUGAAACAUAUACGGGGUGUUCCAUUUAAAUAAUACUAAUUUAUGUGUUAUACCUCAAAAAUAAUACUGUCUAGUUGAAAUUAAUUUUAGUGUAUGCUAGUUAAAAAUUAUAACUUUGGGUUCUUUUUUUUGUAUUCCCAUAACUAAUGAGAAAUUGGAGAUCCCGCUCUUGGUGAUUUAAGUAAUAUGUGGAACUAUUAUUUGAUUUUCGUUGUAAAGUCUAGGAGAGAAGUCCGUAAACUGUUGCUCGGAAUCACCGACAAUGGGAUCAGAUCGUGGUGAGCUGUGAAUACGUCAAUUCAUCCAGAGAAAAGACAAGCUAUUUUAUAAUUUUAUGAUAUUUGGUUAACACAUUGAAUUUUUAUCUUUCUUUUUGUUUCAACUCGCUGUGACAAUUCAAGUCUUUAAUAAUUUAAAAUUGAUAUGAUAUUUUUCGAUUCCUGGAUUUCUACAUCAAUAUUAUCGACAGGGAAAAAAUCAAAACAGUGUCAGACAUAACAUCAAAAGUGGGAUAUAUGUAAUUGUAAAAUGUUAUUUCACCGUUAGUAAUUUUGUUACGAUUUUAAAAGACAGUUUUAGACUUUUGCAAAUGUCAUUGUACCCCCGAUUUUGAAAAAUAUACGGAACAAAUUUUUAAAUAAUACUAUCCUUUAUAACUAUAUUUUUGUCAACAAAUGAAAACAGGUUGUCAUGGUAAUAUCUAAUACUACGUUAAAUAUUGACUAACUUUAUUGUUUCGUAUUUUGAAACAACUAGACGUUACGUAAAAAAAAUCUGCUUAGUUAUUGAUGAAAAAAGAAUAACAAUUUUGAUCUGAAUUAGUCCAUCUGCUCUCUAUGUGUGAUUAAAUUGGCAAAAUACAUUGAAAAUGUUCUAUAUACAGGGCAAGUCCUCAUUAAUGAUUAGAAAUAAAAAAAUCUCUCAUCAAAAUUCUACAAUUGUUUGAAUAGCAUAUACUAAAAUGAUUUUUAACCAUACAGUGUUUUGUCUUAAAGUCGUAACACAACUUGUUUUUAUGAUGGUACACCCUAUAUAUUUUUAUUUGUUACUGGCUUUAGAAAAAUGGAACAACGUUGCAACGUCGCAUUGAAACUUCAAAAAUAAACUGAGUUGUAAAAUCUUGAAAGAGACUAACCAGAAAUUGUAAACAUAUAUGGGGUGUUCCAUUUAAAUAAAACUAAUUUAUGUGUUAUACCUCAAAAACAAUACUGUCUAGUUGAAAUUAAUUUUAGUGUAUGCAAGUUAAAAAUUAUAACUUUGGGUUCUUUUUUUUUGUAUUUCCAUAACUAAUGAGAAAUCGGGGAUCACGCUCUUAGUGAUUUAAGUAACAUGUCGAACUAUUAUUUGAUUUUCGUUAUAAAGUCUAGGACAGAAGUCGUCAAACUGUUGCUCGGAAUCACCGACAAUGGGAUCAGAUCGUGGUGAGCUGUGAAUACGUCAAUUCAUCGAGAGAAAAGACAAGCUAUUUUAUUAUUUUAUGAUCUUUGGUUAACACAUUGAAUUUUUAUCUUUUUUUUUUCUUUCUUUCAACACGCUGUGACACUUCAAGUCUUUAAUAACUUAAAAUUGAUAUGAUAUUUUUCGAUUCCUGGAUUUCUGCAUCAAUAUUAUCGACAGGGAAAAAAUCAAAACAGUGUCAGACAUAACAUCAAAAGUGGGAUAUAUAUAAUUGUAAAAUGUUAUUUCACUGUUAGUAAUUUUGAUACGAUUAUAAAAGAAAGUUUUAGACUUUUGCAAAUGUCAUUGUACCCCCGAUUUUCAAAAAUAUACGAAACAAAUUUUUAAAUAAUAGGAGCCUUUAUAGCUAUAUUUUUGUCUACAAAUGAAGAUAGAUUGUCAUGGUAAUAUCUAAUACUACGUUAAAUAUUGAAUAACUUUGUUGUUUUGUGUUUUGAAACAACUAGACGUUACGUAAAAAAAUUCCCCUUAGUUAUUGAUGAAAAAAGAAUAACAAUUUUGAUCUGAAUUAGUCCAUUUGCUCUAUAUGUGAAAUCAAAUUGGCAAAAUACAUUGAAAAUGUUCCAUAUACAGGGCAAGUCCUCAUUAAUUAUUAGAAAUAAAAAAAUGUUUCAUCAAAGUCCUACAAUUCUUUAAAUAACAUAACUAAAAUGAUUUUCAACCAUACAGUGUUUUGUCUUAAAGUCGUAACAUAACUUGUUUUUAUAAUGGCACACCCUAUAUAUUUUUACUUGUUACUGGCUUUAAAAAAAUGGAACAACGUUGCAACGUCGCAUUGAAAUUUCAAAAAUAAACUGAGUUAUAAAAUCUUGAAAGAGACCAACGAGAAUAUGUAAACAUAUACGGGGUGUUCCAUUUAAAUAAAACUAUCGAUCGUGGUGAGCUGUGAAUACGUCAAUUCAUCCAGAGAAAGGACAAGCUAUUUUUGUAAUUUAAUUGUCUCUGUUUAGCAUUGUGUUUUCAUCUUUCUCUCUGUUCCAACUCGCUCUGGCUUUUCGUCUUUCAUAAUUUAAAUAUAUUUGUAUUCGUAGACAGGGAAAAAAUCAAAACAGUGUCAGACAAAACAUCAAAAGUGGGAUAUAUACAACCGUAAAAAAAUCUGCGUAGUUUUAAUUAAAAAAAAAAUAGUAAAAUAUUUUUUUGGAAUUAGUGCUCUGUAAUUUCAAAUCUUCCGCCGACGUGAACUUGGAGACUGCAUAGAGUGGAUACUGUAAACGACAAUAAUAUAUCACGUUUGCUAUGACUGUUCCAUACACCAAGAGUGCCACCCUAAAAGAGCAAAACUACUAUUGUCGUUCUUACUUUGUUUAAUACGGUACCCAGACAUGACCUGAGCGUCUCAUUUCCGUAACAGAAAACUACUUUCAGUGAUUAAAAAUUGGAUCGGGAGCAACUGUCCUUAGUCCGUAACUGUCGACUCAUAUCAUACACGCUGUAUAUUUAUAAAUGAACCGUAGAAUAAACAGUUAUCGAUGUUGUAAAUAGUGAAAUAGCGGGAAUUUGUAAAUUAAGUGGGUGGUUCGCCGCCACCACCACGAAUAACAUACUAACGAUAUAUCAAACGAGGCCAGUGUCAGUCUGUACUUACUUGAUUUUGAGAGCAGCUUUAGUCCGACGUCGGGCUUAUCAUUUGAAACUCCUUAUCUCUGUGAAAAUGUGAUACGAGUAGAUUCGAGACGAGUGAUUUUUUAUUUUCUCGUAGAAUAACGCAGGCCUAUUAUGAUUAUUCACGACCAAUUUGUAGGUUAGAGCGUCACUUGAAUUUGAUAUUAAUUUUUUGGUGCUAUGACGAAGGACUGAUGUGUUUAGGACACUUUUUGAUUUCUGCACGGAUCUGAUUUUCUUCAAGUGGCGGUUUUGUAUUAUACCGAAGCUUGCUAUGUACAUACCGUAGGAGAAUUGCGCUGAGAAAUGUAAAUUUGUUAUUAGAGAACGUGACAAUUAUCCGGUAAUUGUCACUAGAUGUUUUGACUUAGUUAUAUUGUAGAAGAAUCGUUAUAAUUACAAAUGCUUUUGUACAUAAUUAUUAUGUAACAUAAUACUAUCCUGAAAGUAUUUGUAGUUGUAAAUUUUUGAGAGUAAUUAUAAAUUUAUAGAAGCUAUAUAUUAUUGUAUACAUAUACACUUUAGUUAAUAUUUUUUAGAUUAUUUUGUAAUACAACCGAGAUGUAUGUUUCUUUUUUAAUAAAAAUAGUUGUAUUGGAACCCCGUCUAGAUUAUCUACCCGGGGCGUACGUUCGAUAUGACAAUAACUCGAAA